AUGCAUAUAAGGCAAAGGGACAAUGAACGGAUAGAUCAGUACAUGGAGAGGUUCGUCAAAGAAAGUAUGAAUAUCAAGGAUGUCCCGGAGGUCAUGAAGAUCAAUAGUUUCAUCAAUGGACUGAAGCACACACAACUAUAUGAAAAGCUAGGGGAGGAGUUCCCACAUUCAUUCGAUAAUCUCAUGGACAGGGUCAGGGCCUUCGUCAGGGGCAAAGACACUGUCAGCAAAGCCAAAGAAAUGGACACCCCACCCCGAAGGGUCAACCCAGCUGCAAAACCUCCCGAAAAAGGUACAUCUUACUCACGAAAACCAGCUCUUGAUAGAAUGAUGCAUAAUAGGGCGAGGCCCUCGUAUUCCCCAUAUAGACCUCGGGGAAGAGGCUCAUUCCCUUACUCUGACAGCUUCACCCCUCUCACUAAAACCCCAAGUGAAAUAUUGGCCACUGAGAGGGUGAAGAAUUCCUUUCCAAGACCACCCCCCAUAAAACCAGGGCCAAAGGCACAACCAAACGAAUACUGUGACUUCCACAGGGGAUUCGGUCAUAAAACUGAUGAUUGUAUGUAUCUAAAGAGGGAAAUAGAGGCCGCGGUAAAAACAGGUAAACUGGCUCAUUUGGUUAAGGAAAUUAAGGAAGGAGGAGGAGGAGACCGCAAAGGGAAAGAUGUGAGGGAGCCCGGAAGGGCAGAUGUAGACAUGAUUUGGAGAAGGGAUGAAUUUGAUACCACCAGGAGUGUAAAGGCCAGAGUCCUGGGCUCCCUAGACCGCAUGAAAGCUCCCAUCUUGAUACCACACCUGGAGGAGAACGAGGUACAGCGGCUCCCCCUCAACAUUUCAGCCAUAAUAGCUGGGCACAAGGUAGCCAGAAUACAUGUGGACGGGGGAAGCGGAGUAGAGGUGAUAUAUGAACACUUGGUCCGAGCACCCUCAAAAUACAAUGCAAUCCUGGGAAGACCCAGGAUUGGCGAUUUGCAAGCACAAGCAUCAACCCCACAUGGAGCUUUAGUGUUACAAACGCCAAAAGACUUGGCUUGGGUAAAAUCUUCAUACGAGGUAGUAUCUUCUGUCUCUGUGGGAGAAGUGUCUAAGAAACCUCAAAAAGAUGGGGUAGAAGAGUGGGUCCAUUGUGACAGGUUCCCGAAGCAGACAGUUAAGGUGGGAAGCCGCCUAAGUGACAAAUGUAAGAGCGCUCUCAAGGAGCUGCUCUCUUCAACAUAG